AUGUAUCUCUUUGAGACACCAGGUGUUAUGCAGCGCCGCAACUUGCCAAUUUGUGGUCAGGCGGGCAGGUGGUGGUCCCGAGGCAGCCUGCGCCGUGAGGAUGUCCCCUGCCUGGGCGGGGAGGCUCAGACAGCGGGGCGCCUCGGCAAGUCGCCGCGCGCCUGGCGCUGGCUUCGCAUCUUCCCCAGAGCGGGCCCCAGCUGUACGGAGGGGGGCAGCGAGGCGCGCCCAAAUCUGCCGCCAGGCCAGUCACCCGCCGCAGCCGUCUGCCCGCCGUCUGCACUCUGUCCAAGCGGGGCGCCGCUGCAGCACUCGGUGGCGUGGCAGAAUCUGGGCGCGGCGCGGACGCCGGCGGGCCUGGUGCGGACGGAGCACGGUGAGUUCUGGGUGGAGCCAGCGCAGGGGUCGACGCCGUCGGAGACGCAGCCUCAGCCGCACGUGGUCACCCGCAGGGAGUCGACCUCUCACCACCACGCGGAGCCGGUGUCGCGGCUAGCGGCGGAGAGCGGCGGUCGCGCUCGGCCACGCAGGACGCGCUGGCGCCGCUCCACGUCGCGCGAGAGCCACGUGGAGGCGCUGCUCGUGGCCGACGCCUCCAUGCUCGAGUACCACCGCGAGCCGAGCGCAGUCGAGACCUACAUCCUCACCGUCAUGAACAUGGUCGCCUCGCUCUACCUCGACCCCUCCAUCGGCAACCCCAUCAACAUCGUCGUCGUGCGCAUCGUGCUGCUCAGCGACGGAGAGUUUCAGAAUGGUCUCAACGGCACGGUGAACGCAGACCAGAUGCUGGAGACGUUCUGCCGCUGGCAGCACUCGCUCAACUACGACUCUGACGAGCACCCCAACCACCACGACGUCGGCAUCCUGCUCACCAGGCAGGACCUGUGUGCACGUGUUAAUGCAUGCAGUACAUUGGGAGUGGCACACGUCGCCGGCAUGUGCCAGCCUGAACGCAGCUGCAGUGUCAACGAGGACAACGGUCUCACUGUCGCACACACCAUUGCACAUGAGCUCGGACACAACUUUGGCAUGUACCACGACUCCGAGAGCAUGGGCUGUGAACGCGGCGAUGGCCACACCAUGCACGUGAUGACUCCCAGCUUCGAGUCGGAUAGCGUCGACGUCUCGUGGUCGGAGUGCAGCCGCAGAGACAUCACUGCAUUCCUUGACAAAGGGUUAGGCAGCUGUCUUGAAGAUGAACCAACACAGCAGGAUUACACCUAUCCAGAUGUUCCAACUGGUGCUAUCUACAGUGUGGAGCAGCAGUGCGAUCUUAUGUUCUCCACACAUAAUGCUACUCUGUGUUCAGCAACUCUCGAGGAGGUAUGUGAGAGGCUGUGGUGUCAAGUGGGUCCUUUGUGUUCUACAAUCUUGAGACCAGCUGCUCCAGGCACAUCCUGUGGCUGGAACAUGUGGUGUCAAGAUCGCAAGUGUGUUGAAGUUGGAGAUCGACCUGAUCCAGUAAAUGGCGGGUGGGGGGAAUGGGGAUCAUGGAGUGAAUGUACACGCACAUGUGGUGCUGGAAUUUCCACCAUUGAAAGAGAGUGCAACAACCCAAUUCCUAAAUUUGGCGGGAAGUAUUGCCUGGGAGAACGUCGUCGCUACAGACUCUGUAACACACAGCCUUGUCCUGAAGGAGAGCCAAAUGCCAGAGACUUACAAUGCUCCCAGUUCAAUAACAGAACAUACAACAACAAAGUGUACAAGUGGGUGCCAUAUUAUGACAAAUCUGAACCUUGUGUGCUGUACUGCAAACCAGAUGAAGGGGACACUAGAAAUGUUGUUUUCUGGAGGGAACGGGUACUAGAUGGAACACACUGUGACACUGAAUCAAGGGAUGUGUGCAUUAGUGGAACCUGUCGGCAUGUUGGUUGUGACUGGGGCAUUGACUCAAAUGCAAAAGAAGAUCACUGUGGUGUUUGCCUUGGUGAUGGAAGUCAAUGUAAGACUUUUCAUGGCAUGUACAGACGGGCGGAUGUCACUGGAUACAAGGAGGUGGUAAUAAUUCCUGCUGGUUCCAGAAACAUUCGUGCUGUAGAGGAAGGGCCAUCAAGAAAUUUUGUAGCUGUUGCCAGUGCUACAACAUAUAAAUAUUACCUAAAUGGAAAUAAUCAGAUUGAGAGAUCAGGAUCUUUUUCAAUCCAUGGCACUGUUGGUUUUUACGAGCGCCACAAUGAAAGAGAAAAUAUCACUAUACCAGGCCCAAUACCUGAUGACAUAAAGAUAUAUGUAUUACACCGGCCCCGUUCAACUAGUACCUUUGGGCUGCGAUAUGAAUACACAGUGCCAUUGGACAAGUUAGCAAUGGUGAAGGAAUAUGUCUGGGCAUACUCAGAAUGGUCAGAAUGUACAAAAAGUUGUGGCGGUGGAACGCAAACGUCAGUGCCAGAGUGUCGUGAAAAAUCUAAAGGUCCAGUUGAAGACUCCAGGUGCAUUCAGGAGCAUAAACCAGCAAAUUUAACAAGAUCUUGCAAUGACCAAUUAUGCCCAACGAGAUGGUGGACUGGACCUUGGCAUGUCUGCUCUGUAUCAUGUGGUGAAGGUGGAAUUCGUAAGCGGCUAGUCUUCUGUGUAGAAGAGAAAAUUCCAGGAGAUGCAAACAGUCGAGAUCAACGUAGGCCAGAUUCUGACUGUGCACACCUCACUCGUCCACACAAUCAGGAAUCUUGUCCACAGAUGCCACCCUGCAUCGUAAAAGUGCAGCAGAGUAUCACAUCAUCACAAAAUUCCAGUAUGCACAACGGCCCAAAACGAAAUGGUACCAGGGGACGGAGGCCGUAUUAUGUUGGUGGCAGACGUCGGCCAUCAGUGCCCAGCCCAAGGAAUAAUAAUAAUGAUAUGCGACGAAGAGGGUGGGCUGUCGGGGACUGGAGUGAGUGUUCUGUAACUUGUGGUAUUGGUAUCCAUCGAAGGAAAGUUGUCUGCGGCCAUCCAAGGGGAAAAUGUGACCCGAAACAGAAACCUUAUGAGACGAAGUCGUGCAAUAUGAAUGCUUUCUGCCACCUUCACUGGAUUACAGGCCCUUGGAGUCAAUGCAGCAAAACAUGUGGACGAGGACCGUCAUACAAGAGAAGAGAAGUUCGCUGUGUGGAUAAAAACACCAACAGACCAGCAGAAGGUUGUUUCCCAGUCAACAGGCCCCUUAGGAGGGAAGUCUGUCAUCCAUUGCCUCCUUGCCCAACCACCUCUCUUCAUCCACCAAACACAACACCUGGCAGGCACAGAAGUGAUGCCUGUGUCGACACCUUAAAACACUGCAGUGCCUACAAGAUGCAGUGUAAUCGUUUUUGGGUAAUUAAGACAAAAUGUUGCUACACAUGUUCACUCAGGUAGCACAGACAUUAAUUUAUUGUGAAAGUGUGUGUGUGUAUGUGUACGUGUGUUUGUGUUUUAUGCUGCCAAAAAGAUUUUGAUCUGAUAUUUCCAAGACUCAAAAGAGCAUUUAUGAAUGGAGAGAAAGACAAGUGAAAACAGGUUACAAAGAACUAAUGUACCCUGAUAACUGAUGUGAUUCUUUAGAAAUAAGUACUUGCCAAUGCAGUGUUGUGUCAGAUAUUCUUUCACGACCACUUCACAAAAAAAUGUGAAGUUAUCUAUAUUGAAACUGCCAUCCAAAAACCUCAUAAUAUUGUACAUAGUGAUUAAAAUCAAAAAUGUAAAUGAUAAAUAUUUCAUAUUGAAACUGGAUAGCACCUCCUGUGUGUGUACAAUUGUUAUUUCAUUAACAAUAUUGUGAUAAAACGAAAUCAUCAGAAUAUUGGAAUGUAUGAUACUUCAAAGCAGUGAAAUGCUAGCCAUGUUCCUGUACAGACUGUGUGACGAAUGCCAUAUAUAUCUCCCUGGCCACUAAUAUUUCAAAAAAGUUUUUUAACAGUGUCUCCCAGUACGCUGCCUAUUAUUACUGUUUUGUAUUAUGAUUUCAUGCAGAAGUCAUCUAUUUUCAUUCCAUGACUGUUACAAUGUUUUUUUUGUUACAUAUGUAUAUUGGAUUUUGUUAUGACAAUUCCAUUCCACAUAGUAGUGAAUUAGUUAAUAUUCCAACAUGACUGUUAAAUAUUCAUGAAAAUAACUGUUACAGAAUAACUCAUAUCUUAUUCUUGUUCUGUAAAAACUGUCACAGACAGACAUCACUUGAAAUUAUUGUUUGCUAUACAUGUUCUUCCCCUACUCUGAUUAAAAACCAAUAGCCAUUUUUCUUUGCCAUAAACCAUUCAGUGUUCAUCCCUUAGUAUACUUUAUUUCAUAUGUUCCAACCACUAUUUUCUGAUUAUUACAGAACUUUAUAUUUACAGUUAUUAUUUUUAAGCCUAUAUAUUAUGUCUACUAUCAUGCAGAUCUUUGACUCAAAAGCAUUUUUAAAUGUUUUGUUUUCUGUUGGAAAUUAGAACUUGGCUUUGUAAUUGUGCUAUUAUCUUGCAACUAUCCACUCUCACUUUGGAUUCUUGACAACUUAUUCAAUUUUGUCAUAUUCUGUUGUUCAAACAAAUACUUGCCAGUGUGCUAACUUCUCAGGAUCCAUUCAUUAAUUCAUUCAUUCACACACCAAUUUCUAUAAAACUCAUCAUGGAGGGGGGCUUUCAAAUACGUGGAAAGAGUCCAGUUUGUAUAAAAGGAGAAAACAGCCAUUAAAAGCUACUUCAAUAUAGUAUACUGACUCUUAAGUUCCUUUUUUUAUGCUUGUAUAAUAUAUGAGUGUGAAAAGGUUCCAAAAAUAUACAACUGUGUGGUGACAGCCCCUGAGCUCUGGAGACUGACUGUCUCAGGCUGUGUUCAUGUGUGAGAUUCUUACAUGUUGCCAUUUCACUGAAGUGAAACACUAAUAUUAUUACAUAGUAUUUCUAUUGGAUCCUGUUCAAGUGUUCAUUGACUACUAAAUUCAUAUGAGUAGAUCUCCCACAUGCUUCUGAAUAACUUAAUACCUUCCAAGUGAAUGUCUUUUAUACCAUCGUCUUGUAAGCCUAGCAUGCACCUUAUAACAGCUAAUUAUUUGCACACAGAUUUCCAGCUUGGGUGCUGUUUUUCUUGGCUAGUAGGUCUCCACCACUUACUUGUCAAAAGAGAUGGAAAAUGCUAUCAAACACUAUUACAAAAUCUGCAUUUGCUACAGCUUCUUCCUGUUCCCAUCACAUAUAAUAUGUUGGAAGGGGGACUGCAUGUGUAUGUGUGUUGUUCAAAUUAUAUUCAGUAUUUUUGCAGGGGAGGAAUCUAAUCCCCUGAAGUAUAUUCAUGUUUUUCGAUACUUGCACCAUAAAGGAACAUAGCCGUUCAAAUUACAGUUUCAAUUUAUAUGACACGCAGCCAUCAAAUGAAACUAUAUUUUCGUAUAACUGUAUUACAUAUAGUAUUUUUGAGAUGUCUUAUAUUAGAUGGGAUGAAACCUAAGACAGCAACAAGAUGUAUACAGUGAACGGAGUAUUAAAUUGGUUUGUUACACAUGUGCCAUUAUCUAUUAUAACAGUUCAUAACUUGCAAAUCAGCUUCUCAUCCACACUAAGUAGUUUCCAUGCAGGAGCACCACCAUUACAUGGGUGAAGUUACUAUACAAUAGUGACAUAUUAGUGACACACACACAAAAUCUGUCAAAUAAGAAAAUAUGAUUGUGAUGGUGGUCUUCAUAAAAGGACUAAUUAAGUGGCAACAUGUUCCUGAAAAACAUUACUCAAUCAGAAAAAAGAUACUGAAGAACUGUUUAACUGAAAAUCAAGUAGGAAAUAGCUAUUUCUGUUAAGUUUCCUGGCUUUUGAUACGUAGGCAUAAGGUGGAGAAUGAAUUUUACACAUCUUCACUGCAUACUAAUAUGAUUUUAAUACUUUGCAGAUAAUUAUUUGUCAUGGAACUAUGAAUUGUUCUAGGAAUCGUGUCUGUGUUUUCUAAAUGGCUGUGGAUUGUCUAAUUAACAACACUAUAAAAGGAUGAACAUUUGUGCUAAUUUUGCUGACAGAAUGUAUUAAAGAUAGGAAGCAAUAUGAAUUAACUGAUUUCUGCUGCUCGUGGUGGAGAAUUUAAUUUUGCACACAGAAAUAUAGUCAUGUACUUCAUACAAGAUAUUUCUUCCUUCAGCGCCAUGUAUCAUGAGAGAUCUUUUGUACAUUCACAACAGAGCCAUUGUUUGGAAAUACUUUUAAAGGCUAGUGUAAGGUAUUUUGUCAGUUGUAUUUUUUUUACUAGGGAGCAAAUUUAUUUUUGCUGUAUUCAAAGAACAACAAUUAUAUUCCAAUAAAAAUAAUGUAUCACUGCCAGUUUGUACAGCUAUUUAUUUAUUUAAUUGUACACCAGUUGUAUCUCAGCAAACAAUAUGUUGUGGUACCAGAACAUUAAAAGUAUACCAUGAAUAUAACUGAAUCUGAGUACUCAGUGUGGAUGCUCUUAAAAUUAUUAAAUGACAAUUCUUAUUAUUAUUUAUUUUCAAAUUUUUGAUUCCUCUGAGUCUGAUAUUCAUAUUUUGUAUACUGAAUCAUCAGCUAUGAGAUUUUAGUUACGUGCUAUUGCAUGAUACAAAAGGUAUUCUUUUUUUAAAAAAAAGGAAAACAGAAAAACUUGGUGCUAUUAAUGCUAAGAGGCUUUAAAGCAUAAGUGCAAAUGGUUUGAAUAUUGGAUGUUCAUUUUUAUGUGGAAUGAAUAAAUUAUAUUUUCCUAAUGAGGAUAUGCUCAUUAUAACCAUAGUUAUUCCAAUCAGAAGUACUGCUGUAACUGUAGUACUGACACCUAAAAUAUUUAUGUACAUACCUCAUGUUUGCUUUGUAGCUUUUGGGCAAAUGAUAAAUUACACUGCCUAUAAUGUGUAUGUUUUUAACAUCCACACAACAUCUAGUCCCAUGACUGAAAUAUUUUAGUGUAUUGUACAGGUUAUGGAUUCCAUGAACCACAUUUAUUUCAUUUUCAAAUAUCUUAUAGAUAGUGGGGCACGCUUUUCAACACUACUUCUGAAUUUGGAACCCCCUUUUUUGUAUAUAAUUUUUGUACGAUGGAAAACUUGAAACUUCCCUUUUACAAUAGUAAUUAUAUAUUUCAUGACAAUAAUUUAUUUAUAUAAAGUUGUAAAACUUUGUUAAUUUCUUGUAUACUUGUGAUUACUGAAAUAUUUGUAAAAUAUGUACAAUUUAAAAUGUAGAAAUUAAGAACAUUGCUUGUAAUUUGGCAGAUCAUUAAUUUUGUCAGUAUUCUUCAGUGCAGUAUUGUUCACCAUAUUGUUUAA